AUGGAGAAGAGCAAGCCUGUGCGGAUGCCAAAUGACAAUGAAAGUCUUGCAAGUAACCAGGCCGAGGCGGCCAAAGCAACCCAAAUGGAUACUUUCAACUCGCCAUCAUCGUUGUUGUCAUUGCUAGUUUCGCCAAUGGACUUGUCGAAAGAGUCGGAGGAGUUGAGUGAGAUUGUAGAGUUGCCGAGUUUGGGGGCAAGUUAUGAGUUAGAGUACUCAGGGAAUGAAUUCGUGUUCGUGGACUCAAUGGACGGGUGGGAGGUGUUCUCACUGCCAUGGCUACAAAGCGUGGAGGAUGGUGGGUAUGCUUGUGAUCAAAUGGCAGUGCCAAAGAAUGGAGCACUAAAUAGCUUUGAAGCUGGUUUAUUUGUGGGGAUAUAA